UUUGAUUUUCUGAGCAUUCGCCAUUUACCAAGGUCAGGUACCCGCUAUUUUGAUCGCUUUUUGUUAUUUCUUUGUCUCAAUCUUGAAUUCUUAAUGCGUGAAAUUCGUGUAAAAACAAAAUGGUGAAUGGAUAGUAUAAAGACAAAGGAUGGUACUUCUUGCAAGAAUAUACUUCAAUAGAAAAGAUGAUUUUGACCCAUCAUGAAGAAGCGCUUAAAUAUUAUUAUAUUGUUCUUCAGUACUAUUUUGUUGCCCGCACUACCUAUAGAAGAUUCUGAGUCAUCUGCUAGCAAAGGACCAAAGUUUUUGGAAUAUUUCAACUUCCUGCAAAGCGAUAAUACACUCCUUUCAAGACGGAAGCGGAUAUCAGAUCUGGUCACAGAUAACGAUCAUAGAUCCCAACAGCUUCCUUCAUCAGAGUACGCUGGAGACCAAAGCCCGUCAACUGUCACAGAAAGAAGCGUUGAUGCAAACAGCCGCAACUCAAAGGUUGUCCUACCAAAUAUAGUAACAAUAUCGUCAAAUGUCGUCCCAAAUGAUGAUGACGAUUCGGGUGACGCAGAUCAAGCAGAAUCCGGCAAUAAUGCAAAAAAUUUUAAUCCCAAUGAGAAAGUGAUCGUUGACUCGGCAGAUAUUUUGUGGCCUAAAGGACGCUACGGUUUGCCUAGGACAAUCCAUGGAUGCCCAGUAUCAAAGGGAUUUGUAUGGAAAGAAGGCUAUCGUUAUCAUGACACCGAAGAUGAUGGGACUGAAAACGAGCAUUCAGACAACUUCCAUCUUGCAAGUAACUUCACUGAAGAUGGAAUCCGUCAUGAAUUUUGCAUUAAAGAUUCCGACAUUGGUGACAGCGAAUGGCCUCCUGGAAAAUAUUGCAUCUACAAAAAAGGACCCGAAUGUCCAGGCUCCAUGAUCGAAGGCUUUGUUAUCUGGGAUGACGAGAACACUGACAACCAAAACGAACGUGGAGGAGCACUGCCUGAAGGACUCUACUCUGACGAUACGAAAAUAUAUUUUUGUUGCCAAACAGAGGGUGCCGUGAACAAACCAAUUGAAUUGCCGACUGAGAAAGACUUUUUACUAUUUUCUUUCCAAUCUACUAAAUGCCAGAAGGUUCGCAACAUGAAGUCAUCAAGUGAAUUUUUGAAAUUCGAUGAUGAAGACCAUGGCAACAUCGACUACGAGGGAGGAGCUUACCCUUAUGGUAUACACAAAGCUCAGAAGGACCACAUGCUGUUUCUAUGCUAUUACGAACCAGAUAAUAAAGCAUUGUCUGGCAAAGCAAGGCCGCUUCAAAAGGAAGCAAACCGCGGUCGAGAGCACGGAGAAAACGAUGCGGCCAGUGAAGAUCAACGAGCUCUCCAGAAGUCGGAGGAAAUGAUGAAGGCAUUCCUGACAGCAACAGGGGGCGAGGAAGAUGAAUUGAAUAAAAGUGAAAGGACUAGAACGAUAAUUAAAACAAUAAAGGUUCCUGUAAAGAGCAAAAGCUAUCCCAUUGCCAUAAUAGUUGGUCUCGUGUUGGGUGGAGUAGUGGUUAGUUCAACGAUUAUUGUAUUGGCAAAGUACAUUGUGAACAGGCAGUACAUUGACCAAUCAAGUCUGAAUAUGGUCGAAACAAACUGGACACAACCAGACGGAUCAAAUAUGAUAGACGUAGAAAGUGACGACGACUUUUCAAUGGGUGGUUCCGAGGUCGGUGAGAACGAAAUGGACGAGCUGGUAGAAGAUCAGCUUUUACCGGAUUCUGAGUUAAAAACCGGACUUGAAUUGAUGUUUUUGAAGCAGCAAAGACAUUACUGGAACCAAAGACAAAGGAAAGACCGCCCAAAAAGUCAUGAAAUGUAGAGUAACUGUAGAGAUCGCUUUGAAUCAACUGUAACUAAAAGAUUACAAGUUUAGUUUGGUAGAAGUGACCUUAAAAUUCAUCUAAUGUAUAAGGUUUAUGUAGGAUACUUAAAUCGUAUUUAUUUGGAUGUAUAUGAAUACUAUGAUGAAGAACGAUUUAUAUGAAAUAGCCAUAUUUGCUAAUAGAUGACACAAAUGCAUUAACUGUCUUAUUGUUUUUAAUGGUUUCUUUGGAAUAGAAAAUUAGUAUUCUUUAUAGCAUGUUAUUGUAAAUAAUACUAAGUUGAUAUGAUAUUUGUCAGAGUACUGUCCAGAUCGUAUUUAGCGUUUUUCGUAAUUCUGUAAUGGAUUACUUUGCUGUCUUUAUGGAUUAAAGAAAUACCUUGGAAA